AAAAAAGGAGUUGUUCUAUUAAGCAACCGUGUUUGUGGAUGGAUAAAGAAACAGACAAGGAUAAAAAUAAUGUUGAUGAAGUGGUGUUGAUUGACAAAGUUGAUGCAGUAAAGGGUGUUGUAAGAUCGUUGGAGUUCACUUCUCCGCCCCAAAAAGCAGCAAGACACGAAGUAGUUAAUGAAAGGAAGGUGAAGUGUUUUGAUUCUUUGCAUACAUCAUUGAAAAUGUUGUGCAGAUAUGUUGAUAAGCACUUGACGAAUGGUGAAGGAAUUUUUGUGCAAUUUGACUUUGACAUCUUUGGUAAGCCUUUUGAGCUAUACGUGCAUGCUGAUGACAUCGUUGCAUUCUGUGAAUUAGAGCCAAUAUCAGGAAAUUGCAUAGUAGUAUACAUGUGGUAAGUAUUUGCUUUUUCGUAAGUUAAUAUGUAAAGCAUAAGUAUAUGUAGUUGUGAUACAUUUUUUUCUUUUUAUCAGGCACUUAUAUAAAAAAUUGAAGAAUAGUAGUGUUUCUCAUCGGUUUUGUUUUGUGGAUCCGUUUGAUGUAUCAUAUGUAAACAAGUACAAGCAUGAUGCACGAACACUGGCUUUGGCAAAUAGGCUUGAGAAUAUAUCCCCCGGUCAAUUAGUUAUAUGUCC